CUUCGCAAACACAAAGAGCAAUUAUUUUUUUUAGUUGGAUAUUUAAUAUUCAAAUAUUUCCCACUUUAUUCAAACAACCGCUUCAUUUGCCUUAGUGUAUUUGCCACUAUGACCAACAUCAUUUGUUGUUUUUGAUGUGGGAAUUGGGUUAAACUACCGGUGUUUUUAUUUAUUCGGUGGUGCAGCAAACUCAUCUAGAUUCAUGAGUCAUUAGGAGCAACAAAGAGAAUAAAAUGCAUUACCUGUGGGAUAAUAUGAUGUUAUCUUGAAUUGCGAGGACCUGAUAAUUAUUUGAUACUGGGAAUGCUAUCGGUGUUGCAUUGCAUUCUUAAUUAAGUCUUUUGCGAACAGUCUGAAAUUCUGAUAUUUAUAAAAUAAUUUGAAACAAUGUUGAUAUUUUAGAACUGGAGAAGUCAAGGUUGCGAGUUAAUGGGAUGUUUCCUGCAAUUUUGUCGCGCGGACUUGCGUUUUUCUUGCUACUGCCACUUGCAUUUUUGGGAUAACUCCCGUGAGAUUACCUCCAGACCUUCAAACCCGUAAUAUUUGAAACGACAAUAUUUUAACGGUGACGGGCGUUAGUUACAGCAUAAAUGUUUAAUUUCAAAACUGACAUCUUGUUAUAUAUAUUAAAACACUUAUUCAAAUCGACUAAUCGGUAUUUCUUCUAUCACAAAAUGUGCGGCAUUUCACGCAUUUAAUUCAUUGAUCAAUGCAUAUAUAUUAUAUAUAUAUAUACGUAUGUAUAUUUCAAGGCCAUAUAAUCAGGGUAUGACAUGCUUUCAAUGGAUUCGGAGCCUCGAUAUAAAGCCUGAAACCCCGGGGGUCGAUUGUUUUGAAAUUUCAGCUAUUUAGCGGCGAGAAACGGUUUUAAAAAAAUGAUUUUUUAAAAACUUGAAUAUCGUUCAGUUUACGAGGCGUUUUGGAAGGCCUGGGAAAAAAGAGCUCCAAAGUUUUUGCGUUUAAUUUUUAAUUUUUUUAAAGCUCGGAUCUGGAUUCAAAAUCAAAAUUUUUUACCCGAAGUUGCAGUCAGAAUCGAUUUUAAAUUUCCCCCGAAUUCACUGCUCAGAUGUAAAUUACUGAACAUUUAAUAUCAAUAAACUUCAACAAAACGUUUAUUGAACUAGUGUUCAUCGCUUUAGUAACAUAUCUUUGUUUGCAAUUUUUGUUCUUUAAAAUUGAAACAACAUUCAACGUUCGAAAUUUGUAAAAUAUUUUUUUUAUAAUUUCUUGUCUAUACUUUUCAUUUUUCACUCCCAAAAUUGUUCACAAAUCCUAAAAACUAACAGAACUUUAAAUUUUUACAACCAUUAGUAAAAUUCAUAUACGUCGAACUGAAGCUCUAAUAUUAAAGUUGAAUAACCAUGAUUAACUUGGAAAUGAUAUCAUCAGAGCCUUCUGUGUUAUUCAGAGAAGAAAAAGAAUUUCACGACAAUCCUCCGGCAGGAUUCACUAAAGGGGAAGAUGGCAACUUGCGCUUUGAUCCAGAUGACGUUAAUGUCUUUGAAAAUUUUGCAAUUGCUACUUCAAAUUCCACAAAAAUAUUCAAGGUAAAAAAUUUAAACGAAUUUGUAUCUCUGAAGACAAAACUGCAACUUAAACCAAUUUACGUAAGAAUGCAUAUUGCCACACGUAUCUUUGGCUGCUGCAAAGAUACAGAACAUCGCUCGUUUAUCGUCGAAAUUAGAGCUGAGAAUCUAUCGAUUGCCAGUCAACUUCAGCAAAGUUUCGCCGAUGCAGAAGAAUUAAUUAAAGAAGAGCAAAAAGAUAUGAUGUGCUCUUCAAAUACAGACAAUUGUUUCUAUUUGACUAAUUUUAGACCUCGAUUCGAAAGACUUUAUACAGUGAAUAUGAUCGCGCUAAUAGCGCAAGUUCCCAUCGCUUUGAUUUUUGCGGUACCCUACUAUAUUUAUCGCGCCGUUGCUGCUACUGAUUCUCAAAUUGAAUUGAUGUGCAAUUGUGCUUGGGCAAACAAUGAAGCGCACGCGAUAUAAGGAAGAUUGAAGCCUUCAGUUUUGUGACGACAAAAAACUCUCCGUUCAAACCAAAUAGUUUUUAUAAUGAUCACAAGUUCAAUUAUUAGUAAGAUUUUCAAUGUUUUCUGCAUGCGUACAUAUUUAUUAUUUCCAUUGUGUAUUUGGUGUAUUUAUUAUUUCCAUUAUUUCCAAAUAUAACAAGUUUGUAUUACGUUAGUAAGCUGAAUAUUUACAAACAAUAUUUUUUAUUUCAA